CGCCUCAUUAGUUACCCAAUCGGUGUUUACAUUUAGGCCACGAACAUGUCGGGUCUAGGGUUCGCCUUACAGAAACGGCCAGAUGUUAAGCGGCCCUUGGCUGGGGCAAAGAUAGCUAUGCCUAAAAAGCCAGCUACAGUCCAGGAUAUAUUUGGAGGUGCUGGCUCAGAUGAUGAGGAGGACAACGCCCAGGCGAAGAAGCCCCGCAUGGAGACCUCAACUGCCUCAGCUGCUCAGCUGGCGACCCGACUGGAUGCCGAGGUCGUCAGCGUUGCGACGAAGCUGGCGGACUUUGUCGCAAAGAAUGGAAAGCAAUUUGAGGACAUGACCCGUGAACGUAAUGCCGGGGAGUCGCCCUUCAAGUUCCUGCAUGACAAGUCAUCACCAGGCUAUCAAUUUUACGCAGCAAAGCUUCGGGAGUUUGAGGCCGCAGCAAAAGGUCCCUCUGGCGCAGCCCCCCCAGCGCCAGCCUCCGCUCUGGCCCCGCCUCCUCCGCCUCCCAUGCCCGCACACUACCACUCCCACGCACGCAACCCAGGCCAGCCCAGCACCUCUGCUCCAGCACCCCAAGCCCCUUCCCCCUCCGCUCCCUAUGGCCGGCCCCCAUCCUCAUCCACGCUCCCACCCGAAGCUGCCGCCGCUGUGGCCGCGGCAGCUGCAGCGGCUGCUGCCGCCGCUGCUGCCGGCCGGCUCCAGCGAGGCAGUCCCCCGCCCCAGGUCCCGCUAACCGCCGAACAGGAGGCCGAGGCACGCCGCCGUGCGCAAAUUGCCAUGGCCAAGGGCGAUUCCGUGGCUGCCAUGGAGGCUUUUGCAGCCCUGGCUGCGAAAAAGGAGCGCGGGCGGUCCCGCAGCGCUGACCCAGAUGACCCAGAUGGUGACGAGGAUGAGGAGGGGCGGCGGCGGCGCGCGGAGCCAUUGCUGAACAAGACGGCGUUCGAGCGGCGCAAGGUGGUGGCUGUGUACAAGGAUGAUGGCUCGCGGGGCCACCACAUGCAGGACUACAUUCCCAAGGAGGUGCUCACUGAGUUCAUGGCCAAGACAGGAGACAAGGUCGCCGCCGUGCAGGCCGAGCAGCUCGCCAACAAGAACGCCAUCGGCUCUGACAACAUCGGCCACAAGCUGCUGCAGAAGAUGGGCUGGAAGGAGGGCGAGGGGCUGGGCGGCUCGCAGAAGGGCAUCACCGCCCCCAUCCGAGCAGCGGCAGCGGCCGCUCCUGCGGCGGGCGAGGCGCGCGGUUUGGGCGCCGCAGCUCAUGGGGAGGUGAGCGCGGAAGACGACAUCUACGAGGCCUACCGCAAGCGCAUGAUGCUGGGGUAUAAGUACCGACCAAACCCGCUUGGGAACCCUCGGCGCGCUUACUAUUAAGGAGGAGGAUAAAAAAGGGAGAGGAAGCAAAGGGAAAGGGGAGAAGGGACUUGCGGGGUGCAGGACGUGCACGACGGGGUGGGGUGCGGGUGCAAGCAUUGGCAAGCGUGCAGGUGUUGGUGCCAGAGGAAUAAGAAGCAUGGCUACGUGUGAGGUGGGGUGCUGCGGGGCAGUUGUGUGAGGUGGAGUUGGAGCUAAGCUGUAGUUGUAAUUGUACCAGCGGCACGGAUAGAGGAAUAUUGACUAGCGGACUGAUGAGGAAAGCGGUACCGGUACUGUUGUGGUAACGUGAGGUCUACUAAUGUCAUGGUGAAAGCUGUAAACAGUACUGGUUCAAGCUUGGCUUGGUUGUUCAAUUUGUGGCAUUGCAUUUGUACUAAAC